AUGAAAUCUUCCCGAGUUGGGUCCCCACAGUUUGCUCCCAUCUCCAAGCUCCAGCAGUUCCCGCUGCGUGGGAGCCGUCAGGAAUCAGACAUUUUCGAGGAUUCUGGCUUCGUCCUUCCUUUCUACGAGCCGACUUCCGUCCUGGACCCUCACCUUAGCUCCAGCCCCGCCGCCUCCGACAACCUCCUCCACGACAUCCCUUCCCUGCCUCCCUCGUGCUGGGACGACACUCCUCUCCCCUCCUACUCUGAGGACUGGGAUCUCGUCACCUGGUUCCUAGGCGGCAGCGGUGGCGAGAAGGAUGAGCCUACCCCUCCUCCCUCGUUCAAGCCUCUCCACCAGUUCUUGGACAAUCAGACCUCCUCGUCCCCUCUUCCUCAUCUCCCCUUGUACGAAGCCUUCUCGCCGGUCGCCGCGGAGCUCAACAAAAUGCCCUGCUUCGACCCCGCAGCUCCAGUCCCGCUCGUUCCCCCGCCGUCCAACAGCGCCGCCUUUAACGGUUACCUGGUACAGCUGAUCCGCGCCGCCCAAGCCGUGGAGUCCAACGACGCGUCUCACGCGAGGGCGAUACUGGCGCGGCUCACUCAACCCCUUUCGGCCGCCGCCGGUGGCGGGCGCCCCGUCCAACGGGUCGCCUGCUACUUCCGGGAGGCCCUCCAGUCGCUCCUCAGCCAUGAACACCAUACCAUCGGCGAGACCUUGGUAUCCCCUGUGGAGAUGGUCCACAAGAUCACCGCCUACAAGGCUUUCUCCGACCUCUCCCCCGUCCUACACUUCGCGAGCUUCACCGCCAAUCAAACAGUCCUCGAAGCCAUGGAUCGCUCCCGUUCCAUCCAUCUCAUCGACUUCGACGUCGGCCUCGGCGGCCAGUGGUCCUCCUUCAUGCACGAGGUCGCGGAGCGCUGCCGUGCGGCGGCGGCGCCGCCGCCCUCCAUCCGGAUCACAGCCGUCUUCCGGGAGGAGUCUCUGGAGACGAGGCUGUCGGCGGAGAAUCUCAGGGAUUUCGCUCGGGGUCUGGGCUUGGAAUUCUCCACCGAGUUCCUCCGAGUGGGUUCAAUGGGGUACUCCGCACUGGGGGCCUUGCGGCUCGCCGCCGGCGACGCCAUCGCCGUCAGCUUAACCCCCGCCUCCUUCCGCCUCUUCGGGAACACGCCCGAGACCGCAGCGCAGCUUCUCCGUUUCAUCUCCCGUCUGUCCCCUCGGGUGGCUGUGUUCGUAGACACCGAGUUCUCAUGCCGCUCUUCCUCUUCCGCCUUCCCCGGGCUGCCGCCUGCCCCUCAGCAGUCCUUCCGCAGGUGCUUUGCGGCCGGUCUGGAGAACUCGUCGGCGUUUCUAGACUACCUCGACUCGGCAGCGGCGGCCGUCGGGCUUGGAGACGACCAGGUGUGCCGGAUCGAACGAUUUCUGGUCAAACCUCGGGUUCUGGCUUCCCUUGCGCUAUCACUGAACUUCGGUGGUACUCCACCGUGGAGGGAGAUGUUCGAAGCUGCGGGGAUGAAGCCGAUCCCCUUCAGCGUCUUCACCGAAUCCCAGGCGGAGCUGCUGACCAGGCGCUCCCCGGUGGCUGGCUUCCAGGUCGAGAGGCGUGACUGGUCGAUGGUGCUGGGCUGGCGCGGGAAGGAUCUGGCAUCCACGUCGGCGUGGCGGUGCUGA